AUGGCCCUCAAAGUGACUUUCGCCCUCGCCGCCUUGGCCAGCAUUGCCCUCGCCCAGAACCAAACACAAGCUGGUCAGCCGACUCUGACGAUUCCCUUUGGAUCUACGCCGAGCGCAGAUGGCUUUGCAGCCAGUGUGCAGUCAGCCGACGGCUGCAAGACGACUCUCGUGGUUGGCUGCGCAGAGACCUCAUCGCCCAACGAACUCUGCCAACUCGCCACCGAUCUCGCUGCCACGCUGGUCAUGAACCCCACCGGAUACCAAGUCGGAUACUCCUACAGCACCCUCGGCGGCAGCGCCGUCCUCAGUCAAUCCUGCAGCUUCGAAGGACCCGUGACCGCAGCGACCGGCGGCGUCUGCACUCUGUCGAUAUCUGUCGGUGCAGCUGGUUAUUCAACCUCGGUCAGCACGGUCGCAACCAUAUCCAGUGGAGAUGUGGUCUACGCACGAGCUCCGGUCACUGCGGGAGCGUCGAAUUUGCCGACUGGGAGUGCUGCUUGCUCGCCGACGAGCGAUGGAGGUGUCGCUGCUCCGACGAAUAUGGUGAUGAGUGUGGUCAAGGUAUUGGUCCCGGUUGUGGCGGUUGCUGGAGUGCUCAUCUAG